AUGGCGAAGCUGACGUCGGAGCUGCUGCGGCCGGUCGACCCGGCGGCGGCGCCGGACGAGGCGGCGCUGCUGCGCUACCUGGCCGCCAACGUCCCGGGCUUCCCGGGCCCCGCGCCGGCGCUGUCGCUGACCCAGUUCGGGCAUGGCCAGUCCAACCCCACCUACUGCAUCCACGCAUCCGCCUCCGCCCCCGGCGGGGGCCCGGCUAGGCGCUACGUGCUCAGGAAGAAGCCGCCCGGGGCCAUCCUCCAGUCCGCGCACGCCGUCGAGCGCGAGUACCAGGUUCUCAAAGCUCUGGGUGAUCACACAGAUGUUCCUGUCCCGAAGGUUUAUUGUCUAUGCACAGAUGCAAGUGUAAUUGGAACUCCUUUCUAUAUAAUGGAGUAUCUGGAAGGAAUAAUAUAUCCUGAUAGCGUGUUGCCGGGGGUGACUCCAUCUAAAAGGCGAGCUAUAUAUUUUUCUACUGCCAAAACUUUGGCUGCUAUACACAAAGUUGAUGUUGAUGCCAUUGGAUUGCAGAAGUAUGGGAGAAGAGACAAUUAUUGCAAAAGACAAGUACAAAGAUGGGAGAGGCAAUAUCUUGCAUCCACUGGUGAAGGGAAGCCUGCACGUUAUCAGAGGAUGCUUGAUCUAGCUCGUUGGUUGAAAGAACAUGUACCAAAAGAAGAUUCCUCAGCAGCAUCAGGAACAGGUCUUGUCCAUGGUGAUUACCGCCCUGAUAAUCUAGUUUUUCAUCCAACAGAGGAUCGAGUAAUUGGCGUUAUUGAUUGGGAACUAUCUACUUUGGGGAAUCAGAUGUGUGAUGUUGCUUAUAGCUGCUUGCCAUAUAUUAUUGAUGCAACACCCACUGAAAGGACUUUUUAUGGAGGAUUUCAACAUACUGGCAUUCCAGAUGGGAUUCCUCAACUGGAAGAGUACCUUUCUGUAUACUGCUCUUACUCUGUUUUCAAGUCUCAGGAGCACCGUGGCAAGAAUUUCACAGAGGAAGAAAAUUUAACUUCCGAAAAGAAUCAAGGCAAAUUUGUUCCUAGUGAAAAGGUUAUGCAGCUUCAAAAGAAACUAAUAAAGUUUAUUGAAGAUCACAUAUACCCAAUGGAGGGUGAGUUCUACAAACAUGCACAAUCAACCUCAAGAUGGACAAUUCAUCCAGAAGAAGAAAAUCUUAAAGCAUUGGCAAAGAAGGAGGGCCUAUGGAACUUGUUUAUUCCACUAGACAGUGCAGCUAGAGCUAGAAAGCUACUGUUUGAAGACCAUUCUCAAAUUUCCCUUGGAAGUUCGAAUGAUCUUUUGCUGGGUGCGGGUCUUACAAAUCUUGAAUAUGGAUAUUUGUGUGAGAUUAUGGGACGUUCAGUUUGGGCUCCACAAAUAUUUAACUGUGGUGCACCUGAUACAGGUAACAUGGAGGUCCUGUUGAGGUAUGGCACUAAGGAGCAACAGAAGCAAUGGCUAGUUCCUUUAUUGGAAGGGACAAUUCGUUCUGGAUUUGCAAUGACAGAACCACAAGUUGCAUCUUCAGAUGCAACAAAUAUAGAGUGCUCAAUAUCCAGGCAAGGAGAUUUUUAUGUGAUAAAUGGAAGGAAGUGGUGGACCAGUGGAGCCAUGGAUCCUAGGUGCAAAAUCCUGAUAUUGAUGGGAAAGACAGAUUUCUCUGCACCUAAGCAUAAGCAACAGUCCAUGAUUUUAGUGGAUAUCAACACUCCUGGGGUGCAGAUAAAGAGACCAUUGUUAGUCUUUGGAUUUGAUGAUGCACCUCAUGGACACGCAGAGAUUACAUUUGAAAAUGUGUGUGUUCCAGUAACGAAUAUCCUGCUUGGAGAAGGGCGGGGUUUUGAGAUUGCUCAAGGAAGACUUGGUCCUGGAAGGUUACAUCAUUGCAUGAGGCUAGUAGGGGCAGCAGAACGUGGCAUGGAUCUGAUGGUAGAGAGGGCCUUAAGUAGGACCGCAUUUGGAAAGAGGAUUGCACAGCAUGGUUCCUUUUUGUCAGAUCUUGCAAAGUGUCGGAUUGAACUGGAGCAAGCUAGGCUUUUAGUUCUUGAAGCGGCCGAUCAACUUGAUCGACAUGGGAACAAGAAAGCUCGUUGUAUCCUCGCGAUGGCCAAGGUGGCAGCUCCAAAUAUGGCCCUGAAGGUGCUUGACAUGGCGAUGCAAGUUCAUGGCGCAGCUGGUGUCUCAUCGGGCACGGUCCUGUCGCACCUGUGGGCAACGGCUAGGACACUGCGGAUUGCAGACGGUCCCGAUGAAGUCCAUCUCGGGACAAUCGCGAAGCUGGAGCUGCAGAGGGCUAGGUUGUGA